AUGUGUGAAUUAUAGAAAAAAUCAAAGAUCUCCUCCUCUCGAAGGCUGGGGUUGAAGAUUAGACUUUUGACAGUUGCUGCUCAGAUGCUGCAGGAGGAGACAGAGCAGAAAAUUAAGGAGAGAGAAGAUGCUCUGGCAGCACGAGUUCCUCCUCUUAAUGUGUCUGGUCUGUCUUUGCAAGACCUUCAGGAUCUUUGUAAAGACUUGCACCACAAGAUUGAUGUUGUAGAUGAGGAGUGGUAUGAUAUCGGCCUCAAGGUGUCCAAAAACGAAAAAGAGAUAGAAAACAUGAACCUGAAGAUCAUUGAGAUACAGAGUAAGUUCAAGAAGCCGACCCUGAAGAGAGUGAAGAUCUCAGCUGAGGCCAUGCUGAGCGUUCUGCUGGGCUCCAAACACAAGGAGUCCAUCGACUUCAAGGCCAACCUCAAAACGGUCAAGAAGGAAGAGGAGAAGAAAGAGGAAGUCACCGAUUGGCGUAAGAACGUGGAGGCCAUGUCUGGUAUGGAGGGCAGGAAGAAGCUGUUUGACGCCUCCGGCAACUAA